AUGAAUAAAGAGACUGCCAAGUUGUAUGAUCGAUCGAUUCGGACGUGGGGUGUCGACGCCCAGAAUCGCAUUCUCUCAGCGCAUCUACUCAUUAUUGGGUAUGACGCAUUAAUGUCGGAGAUCUUGAAAAAUGUGGUCAUUAGUGGAGUAUCGAAGUUGACUGUCUGUGACACUUUUAAGUCGCAAAAUGUGCUCACCACACAAGACGACAAAAAUCACUUAUUUUCCCCUGUUAUUGGUAAAGACAGGGUCGACAGUGUAAAUAACGUGAAUUCAGUAAACACGGAACUGAAAGUUGAAAUCAUCGAUGAGAGUGGUAUCACAGAAGACCUCUUGAGCAAAGUUAGUAUGGUUGUCAUAACUUCGCCAGAGGAGAAAAUAAUUUCGAAAAUUGAAACAUGUGGCAACCCCAUUUUGUUCUGUCGGAGUGUCGGGUACACAGGCGUAUUUUACUUAAAGAACGUUAAUGGACACACCAAAAAUAUUAAAGACUGUAUUGUAAGUCAGUACCCUCCUCUUCCAGCUCGCGAGGUUCAAAGACUUUAUUAUGAUCAAUUCAACAAACAGACCACAUACAAUCAAUAUUUGUUAUUCAAAAAUGUUUUAGAAACCAGUGAGGAGUGUUUGAAAGUGUAUUUGGGAGUUGGACUUGAUUGGGCGCCUGUCAAUAGUAUUGUGGGAUCACUUGCGGCACAAGAGGUGAUCAAUGUUAUAGGAGGAAGAGAGACUUAUACAAGCAAAGAGUGUGGAGCGUUUUUGUAUGACGGGGUGAAUAAUAUUGGUGACGUGUUUCCAACCGAAAAAGCCGAGAACAAAACGAUAACAAAAGUCGAACACAAAUGUAUAGACUUGGAUUGA